ACCCCCGGAGGUCUUCUAGCCCAACCCUCUGCUCAAGCAGGAGACGGGCCUGGCUGUGCGGCCUCUUCUUUCGUUUGGAAGCCUGGACCAGAUCCUUCCAACAAACAGCCUCGGCUUCCUGACCGAGCUAACCAGAUAGGAUUAUGCGCUGAUGGCAACCGACUUGGAAGAUCUGGGAGGAGACGGGUGGAAGAAUCCAGGGGAGCAGGUGCCCUCCAGGCGACUGGCACCCAGGGCCACCUCUGCUGGGAACAGCCGGUCCAGACUGACCGCUCAGCCGCUCCUGAGGCUGCAGGGUUCUGGGGGUCCUCUUCUCCCUGGAAGCCAUGGGCACGCAGGCGGAGGCCUUCCCCGUGGCCACCAUGGCUACCGGCAUCGUCAUGACCACCAGAUGGCUCUGCAUUGUGGAAUGCCUGGCCCUGGCGCUCUUCUGCCCCAGGAGUUCCUUCACCGGCCACUUCUCCGGCAUCCUGCUUGGCCUGGCUCUGUCCGGCAUCAAACUGCUGUGGGAGCUCACCUGACGGAGGCCCCCCUCCCCUUCCAGGCUCUGUGGCGGCCAGGCACCCCCUCCCCAAAUACAGCCUCUUCCCUCCCCACACGGCUCUGCAUGACGGUGGUCUCUGGGGAUGGGCAGGAUCUCGGACUCCAGACAGCCCCUGCGAUCGCAAUGCCCCCCCCCUCAAUGCUGGAUUGGGGCCCUGGCCGGGGCUGCCUCUGCACCAGUCUCCCAGCAGAGGGCGCCCUUGGCCACUUGCUGAAGGAAGGCCAGGGGGCAGACAGACACCAACUCGGCUUCUACUGGUUCAGCCUCUAG